AGUUGACUCAUCGGUCGUCUUGCGGAUUGAAAACUACACAUCAAAGAUGCAGCUGUAUUUUUAGGGUAAAGUUCGUUCUACAUGGUGCCGACAACGGUUAAAGUCCAGUAUCCAAGACUUUAUCGCGGCAAAAAAUAUUAUCCAGGACCCAUGGAAAAGACAUCGUUUGUUACGCAUCGAGAACGGCUCCGAGUACGACCCCUAGCCAAUCAAAGAUACCUGCUUUGUUCAUUUUCAUACCAUGUUUACUUUGUCUCGCACUUGUUUUCGCGCACAACAUUGUCAGUCCGCUUCAACACAAAGCGCAGUAAUUUUUACCGGGAAAGCUAUUCGCUCUUUCCGCCCCCUAUACAUGAGGAUGACGAGGACGUCGAGUUCGACCCGUUUUUACUAAAAGUCCACGAAGACCGCGACCUCCCACCGUCCGGAAGUUUAUUUGCGAAUAUGACGUCUAACCCGAAGACCGCGGCGAACAACCUGUCUUCCUCCGAUAACAUGACCAGCAACACUACGAGUCUCGAGAUGGUGUUGGAGGCCUGGUCCGCCUGCGAGCCGGACAGCGGUUGGAAAGUGGACGCGGCCUACUUGGGUUGUGGCUACAGUUACCUGGAAACGCAACUGGGAGAAGGGUUUCUGACGUUGGAGCAGUUUCUGCAGGAGAUGACGCCCCCAGUCGAUUCGCUGCAAGACGACAGCACCAGUUCUUCCGAGGACGGAAUUAUAGAAGACGGGGCACCAAACGAGCUGAGUACGGCGAAGGCCGGAGCUCCACUGGCGGAGGGCAUAGAAGUAGAAGUUGUACCGUCACAAAAAAUAAACCCAGAUGAAGCAGUAGGAGAAGUUGUACUAGAUCCCUCGAGGAUAGAGCUGCUCGAGGAAGUAAAUGCAAUUCCUGAGCCAUCGGACGUCGUACCAAAGAACUGCGACCCAACUCCGGACAAAGACGUCGGUGGAGCAGAUCUACCACCUGCUAGUGCCAUACGCACUCAGCGUCAGCCACCGAACGAGCAGAUCGGCGGGUCGUCCUCUUCCACCGCGGCGAACCCACCCACAAAUCAUGCCGUUGAAGAAGCUGCCCAAGGUAGUCGUAGUAGUACCGCCGCCACUGCCACUAGCUCCGCAUCCCCCGAGUUCCGAAAAAUCCCUUUCUUUCUCUUCUGGCGCGGGAUCGGCACGGUCCUGCUCAAAUCGGGCCACUGGGCGCACCGGCGCGGCGCGAAACUACCGACCAGUCAAAGUUUGUUUCUGGAGCUGGAGAUCCUGCGGGAACGGAUUCUGCACAAGCACGGGCCCGACAAGGUGUCGCACAGCAGUUUGCGGCUGGAACUGGAGCACGCGGUGGGGAUCGCGAGUGGAAACACUAAGCCCUUCUGGCUGGACUGUCAACAGGUAUGGUAUGGAAGUAAGUUGUGUUGUGCUGUCUGCAGCUCUGGGCAGGCGAGAGAAAUCUUUUCAGGUUUUGACAACCUCGUAUGAAUCUGAAAGCAGAAGUUUCUUGAUGACCUACUACAGGAGUUGUUGUACUAGUUGUCUCGGUAUUUUAAAGACAAGAGAUGAGAAGACUCUGUAUAGCAUGAUUUACUAUACACAGUGCGUCACCGACAGUUUCCCGCAAGACCAGCAGACGAUCUCCGAGGAGCAACUUACUAUCCUGACGCUCGCGUGGCUGAACGAAGCCGCAAUCUACAGCCGGAGGUUGCAGCACGUCGACUACGAAUUUAGCGAGGAGGAAGCGGGGGAAGCGACGCAGUACCUGGACCCCCGGGAGUUCGAGAGAAGACAACCCUUAACCGUGUUGCCGAACCAGCACAAGAUCGACAUCCGGCCGGACUACGUUGGUGAGCCCGGGAGGUUAUUUUCUGGGACAAACAAAAGGAAUUUCGCAAAUGCUACAUCAGGCUCCUCGGGCGAAGAAGCUGGAAAUUAUGCUGAUCAGAUACCAAACGAAAAUCCCGGAAAUACUAGUACCACCCUCUUCUCCGGCAUUAUGCGUGCGGUUGAGCAGCCGCCAGGAGGUGGUGCGUGGCGCGGAAGUAGUGGCGGUGGUAAUGCUACUAGUAAUGCUACCGGAAUAAAGAAUCGCAGCUCGAAUACAACGAAGCUUGGGGUGGAUUUGUAUGACCAAGAAACGGCCUCUACCGCCACCGGAUCUGCGUCUUCCGGGGAGCCGGAUUUUACUGAGACUACACCCAUUCAGUACGACGAGUAUGGCAAUGCCAUCGUGCCGAAAAAGCCGCCAAAAAUCUACCGAGAACUCCCGCGAGACGGGACGGACAUCACGGGCGGAAUUUGGGAGUGCAACGUGACGAACGGAAUCCCCGUCUUCGUUCACGUGUACGACGUGUCGCAGGAAGACUCCAUCAAACGGCUCAACCGGUUCACCGCCCACAAAAAAUCGCCGAUCAAGCUCGGCGGCAUAUUCCACGCGGGCGUGGAGGUUAACGGGUUGGAAUGGAGUUACGGUGCGACGUUUUCGGACACCGCUUGCGGCAUCGCCUGUAACGAACCGAAACAGCAUUCGCAGCACAGGUAGGAUUUUUGUAUUACAGGAGAGGAGGAUCUCUUCCUACAUUCAAAUAACCCUAUGAGACGCAUGUUGCUGCAGUUGUACUUUGAAGAUUUCUGCCCCAGCAACAAACUUCUGCCCCAGCAACAAAUUUCUGCACCAGCAACAAAAGAUCAUCAAAAACCAAAGAUACCGGCAAACCAUCUUCGUGGGGCUUUGUAAGCUGACGAACGAGAACAUCGCGGAACUUCUCGGAAACGCGGUGGAAAAGUGGCCGGGCGACGACUACGACUUGCUCCGCCGGAACUGCUGCCACUUCGCCGACGAAUUUUGCAUCCAACUCGGCGUCGGCCCCCUCCCCGCCUGGAUCCACCGGUUCGCCCGGAUUGCCAGCACGCUGGAUUCCAUGUACACAAGUCUGAGCAAUUUGGGGAAGAAGUGCUACGGCGGGAACGGGACGGAGGAAGACGACGAAGGAGGCGGGGAUCAGCAGAUAAACAGCACCGCACAGCUGGACCAAAUUUACGCCAACUUCGAUUACAACAACGUGCAGACGCAGAAUUUCAACAACGUGUCGUCAACGCCUUUGAACAGAACUGCUGGAGGACCACCGGCGGGGCACACCGCAGCAACGAUAUCGGGAGAUCAACAUCCGCGUACCAGUGGGGGCUCGGCUGCGAUGCCGCCCGGGGCGGUGUACACGACGAGAAAUGGUGCUGCGGCGGUGUACAGCCACCAGAUGUACUGA